GAAGGCGAUUUUAGUCUACAUAAUCAAUGCAGAAUGGCGGAUGGUGAAAAUGUGUACUACAGAGGAGAAGGGAUUUGUAAUCUUGUUCUAGCCACAGAAAAGGAAAAACAGGUUUAUCGUCUUAUGAAAGCUGGCAAAUACUCAGGCAAGCAGGGCUGUAACAAAGGACAUCGUGCUCAGGAGAGAUCAAAAUGGAUUCAUCAAUCUUUAGAAGAUAAUGUAGAGUAUAUCAAAAACAUAAUGGUCCCCCUGCUGACUGAUGCUUUUGUGGUGAUUCCAAAAAUCCGUGAAAUACCCAAAGGGUUUACAGAGAGGAUUGAAGAAGAAAUCAAACACAUUAGAACAGCUCACAAGCGUGUGCAGGAGGAUGAUUUCCGAACGGUGGACCCUGCAACAUGUUCAGCGCUGGUGCUUCCCGAUUUCUGUUAUGUCACCAAUCUUUCAACAAACACCUGCAUAUCUUCAACCGCACCCGAUGCAUUUCCCACCAUUAGUGUAGAAAUUAAGCCAAAGAAAGGCUUCAUCCCGCUGUCUGCAUUGAGUAAUGACUCCUCCACAUUAAAGACAGGGGUCUGCAAAUUCUGCAUGCAUCAGAGAUUAAAGGCCAAAGAGGGGCGAUGGACCAAGACCAGCCUCUAUUGUCCACUGGAUCUGUUCUCAGGGAAUCGUGCUAGAAUGAGACAUGCCCUCCAUGGUCUGUGUGUAACUCCCCAGAACAACCUGAAAAUCUGUCAGAAUGGAAUUGAGGUAUACAGUGAAUUUUCUAAAGGUGACCUAGGUAAAAUCCUACAGCAGUUUUUCGGAGAUUCAGUGAAUGGGUUGAAAAAUGGAAUGAGAAAACACGUGGAAGUGCAGACAUUUGUCGAUUUGAUCAUUGAUGCUUUACUGUAUGUGCCAAAAAAACUGGAAUCUCAUCGAUCUAGUCACGCAGUCCUGAGGGCCAGUAAUCGUCAAGCUAAAGACUCGCCAAGUCUCUCCCGCAAAAAGUCUCCUAUUUAUAGUCAGCAUUGUCAGAACAGUUCGUUCAAGACAAACCAUAAUGCAAGUUCUGAGCCAAACAGUCUACCCCAUAGUUGUGUUCUGGAGCGAGUCCUCCAUGUCCAGAUGCUUGACCAGCUGGACAUUGAGGAGAUCCACCCCCUGUAUGUCAGGGUGAAGGAGUAUGUGUACAACCACCCUGAAGAAAGUGCCCAAUGGAAUCUGUAUGGGCCGUUCACUUCCGAGUCUUGGUUGACCCCAUGUUUAGAGGACCCACAGAGCCAUGCAGACACAGAGAGUAUAGAGUAUGCUGUCAGUCAGGUAAAGAGACACAACAUAUCUAAGACUGCCCAGGACUGUUCUAUAAUGGUGGCUAUGCAGCAGAUCUCUCCAAACAUGAAUAUUGAGAAUGAGGACAUGGUGCUAACGGACAGCUGUGGCAGGAAGUAUCAGUUCUCUGUGGUGAUCAUUGACCUUGACCCCAAACCUGUGGACAAGAUCAAAAAAUACCACCGCCAGCAAUCCGACAUCGUCCAAGCCUUCACAGAAGAUCAGCCUGACGACACAGAAGAUGAUGCAGCCAUUGAUCAUUAAACAGGGGUCAGGAUGUCAAGGGCAUAGGAUAUCAGGGUCAUUAGCAAAAGUGGCAUUUUCGUAAAAAAAUGGUUUAAAAUGAAUUGGAUGAUACAAUGUAAGGAUCCUGCAUUAUAGAUGUUGAAUUUUAAUGAUGAAUGAAGUACUAUGUAUUUGUUUUCGAUUUUUUUGAAAUAUUUUUUGUUUAAAUUUGCUUUGUUUGAUUUCCAUGGUAACCCUUCAAAAGGAUUUUUCAUAGAAGUCCAACAGAUAUCUAGUCAUCCCCUUGUUUGUUGUUAUUUUUGUUGUUUUUUCCAAGAAAAGAAAUGUUGUUUCCAUCGUUUUGUUGAAGAAAUAGAUUAUGAAUAUUGAACAUCAAAUUUUUAAAAAUCAUAGUGCAUGUAUUCAUCUCUGUUUUCAAACACAUUUGUGAUACAGUAGUUCAGAAAACUAUAAACGAACAGAUCUAAGAGGGUGUAUAUUUAAAAUCAGAUAUUUCUUGGAAUGGAGGAACUCAAAAACUUUUGUUUUGCAAUAAUGCUGGUGAAACAAUGUUAAAAAAAGUGGAAUUUUAAAUUUUCUAUUGAUGAGCAAAUCAUAACAAAAUGCAUUCUAUUUAUUAAUGUAAUAUGAAUGAAUUUAAACCAGAAAAUAAGAGUUAUCUUCCCUAUGUUCUCUCUUGAAAAUUAUAAUGCUUUCAUUCAAAUUUGUUUAAGGAAAAAUAGGAAGAAAUACACAUCAUCUGAUUAGGGCAUUUCAAUCCACUUAAAUGAAAUGUGCUUUGGAAAGUCAGGUAUUAGAGCAUACAAAUUUAACCUAAAUUAUUAAACUAAUUUAAAAAGGGGUGGGGGGCUAGAAUUUCACUUCCUGUCUAUACUUGAAUGGACUCCCUCUUGAAUUUGCAUGGGGAAAAAAUUAUUAUUUGUCUUGAAAUUAAUUAUAUUAAAAAAAAUUUCAACUAUGAAUGCAUAUCAAAUCCCUGUUAACAUUGGAAAAAACAAUAGUUUUACUGCAUUUUUUUUUAAUGAAAAAAAAGGUUAUAUAUAUUUUAAAAGUGUUAUAAUUGUUGUUGUAAUAUAUAUACAUAUGCUUUAUUCUUGUUUAAUAUAUACUACAUGGGUAUAUUGUUAGUAUCUUUAAAGUUAUGGUAUUCCAGUAGGGGAACAUCAGACAUAUUCAUCAUUAUAUUUUAAGUAUAUAUUUCAGUUCUAUAUUUGGUUAUAUGUAAAGAAGCAGCAGGUACUAUUGUGGGUCACACAUGCACAUCUGUUCUGAGAAAAACCGGUGGUAGUAAAUUAUUGGUAUUUAUGUUCAGAAAAGAGGUGAACAUUUUUUGCAUAUUUGUGAAAUCCUAAUUGUAAAAAAAAUAGUCAUGCAGUUGAUACUUGUAAAUUUUCUGUUAUAUUUUAAGUAAUUCAUGUCUUAUAUAUCUCCAUUGCUUUAUAUGUUUUGAGUGAUUUUUGUUGUAAUUAUACCUUGAUUCAAUCAAAUAUUAAUAAGGUCAAAGGUGUUACACUCAUAAAUAAAUUUUAACAUGAAUUAUAAAUUUAGAAUUAUGAUGUUAUUACCCACCCUUUUUCACAUAGAAGCAGGACCAGUUUCCUGUAGUGCCAAAUAUAAGCAUUAUUUGGCCAAAAAAAAUGUGUACUUUGAAUGUUUGUGGAAGGUCAGUGUUGUCUUAUUAUUGUAGCUUUUCUUGUUAUUGUAUAUCUUUUUGUAUAUCUUUCCUUCUUUCAAGAAGUCCCCGUGGAAUUUUUUUUAAAAGAUGAAAGGCACGGAAGACAAUUGGUGCAUUAAUUAGGAUCCAGGUGCUAUCCCUUUCUUGCAAUAUGAAUGCAAUGUUAUGCAUAUUUUAACACUGGUGCUUCUGAGAUCUGAUAAAAUAACAUACUUCUAAAUUAUUGAAUACCUUAACAAUGGCUACUUAUUAUUUCGAGCUUCCCACUGUCCUAGGAAUUCAUUUAGCUCAUGAAAAGCAUGAUGUAUGCAUUUGCAAGUUCAAUUUAUCCAACAUUAAAAAUGUCCUGUUUACAUGACUGCCAGUAUAAAUAGUUUGGGGGGGAGGGGGGAAUGAGGA